AUGCCUCCCCGGCUACGUGUUACCACAUUUCGGCAACCGGCCCUUCAAUGCCAUAAUGUACUCCGCAUCGCUGCCAGGAGUGCCAGCACCGCUGCGGCUCCGGCAACCACACCAGCUGCUCCCAUCGAACAAAUGACAAAGUCGAAAGCCCCAAUUGCUCGUACUCCCCUUACCCAGCCUCCCUCGCACCGCAACCCCGAGUAUCGCCGAUCGCAGCUCCUCCGCGCCUACACCUCCCUCCUCCGCACAUCUCCCCUUCUGGUCAUGUUCCAGCACAACAACCUGAAGUCUAUGGAAUGGGCUGCCAUUCGCCGAGAACUUACCAAGGCCCUCCAGAAGGUCGAUGAGAAGAUUGCUUCUGAGGGUAGAACCUCUCCAGCCCUGGCUCCUCAUAUUAAGGUGCAGACCGUUCAAACCAGCAUCUUCGAGGUUGCCCUGCGCAUCACCUCCGCCGAAAUCCCCGCGAUCUCCGGCUCCAAGGAUGAUCCUUCCCUGACUCAUGACUUGUCUCGUGCUGCUUACCUUGCUGUGAAGCACAUGAAAGGUCGACACGAGCUUGCCGAAAUUUUGGUCGGACCCAUCGCCGUUCUUUCCAUUCCGAGCGUUUCUCCCGAACACAUGAAGGCUGCCUUGUCGAUUCUGACGCCAAAGGAGGCUGGCUUCCCUGCGCCUACCCGCAAAGGUAACCCUGACUACCACGACCCUAUUGUUCAGAACGGUCUACGAAAGAUCAACCUUCUGGCUGCCCGUGUCGAUGGCCAGGUCUUUGAUAUCGAUCAGACUAAGUGGGUUGGUAGCAUUGAGGGUGGUAUGGAUGGCCUACGCUCCCAGCUUGUUAUAUCUUUGCAGAGCAUGGGCUCCAGCCUUACCAGCACUCUGGAAGGUGCUGGAAAGAGCCUUUACUUCACCAUGGAGAGCCGGAGAAGCGUCCUGGAGGAAGAGCAGAACCCUAAGAGCGAGGGUGAGAAGGACGAGUCGUCCUAA